AUGCUUGCUUACUGUCGUCUUUCUCAUCAGAUUUGGCUCGUGCAGGAAAUGGGGGUGUCUCUUGUAUCGUUGAUCUCAUUUUUUUUUACAAUUUACACAGUGAACAAGGCGCUACAAUUUCGUAAAUCAGUGGUGGAAGCCGAAGAUAAAGUGAUGGAUCUUAUUGAUGAGGCUCUACAAAUCAUGAUCCCUGCAGGAAUAUGCAAGCAUAUUUGCAAUCCUAGCUUGCAUCUAUCAGUAGAUCGAACAGACUCUAAAGAUCAAGUAAGGAAGCAGGGUCAUAAUGCACAACAGCCCGAAUACCCAGAGGAUGUGUCGAUCGCGUUGAGAAACGAGGACGAGCUCUACGACCUCUUCGGGGAACGUAAAGAAGAAGAAGCUGUGAAGGUAGAAAUUCGAAAGGCAGUAAAUCUUGCAGUGAAAGGUAUAAAGAAACGUAGUGAAAUCAUUGUGAGAAUGUCACCAUCGGUAAAUUUCUUCUUAAAUGACUAUGAAUAA